GUUUUGUGGACUGCAACAAAAGCUAUAUUCGGAAUUCCAUGUGUGCUUGUGUUUUUAAUCUUGAAGUUGAAAAAACGACAUUUAUCAAUGUACAGUGUUAUUGAAGAAUUCUUACAAAGUCACAACAACCUCAUGCCUAUACGGUACUCCUACUCCAACAUCAAGAAGAUGACCAAAGGAUUUAAGGAUAAAUUGGAGGAAGGAGGUUAUGGCUCUGUGUAUAAAGGAAAGCUUCGGAGCGGUCACCUUGUUGCUGUUAAGAUGUUGGGAAAUUCCAAAGCUAAUGGGCAAGAUUUUAUGAAUGAAGUUGCUACCAUUGGAAGAAUUCAUCAUGUAAAUGUGGUGCGACUAAUUGGCUAUUGUGCUGAGGGAUCAAAGCGUGCUCUUAUAUAUGAGUACAUGUCAAAAGGGUUUCUUGAUAAACACAUAUUUCCUAAGGAAGGACUCAUUUCCUUAAGUUGCAAGGAAGCAUUUGAAAUUUCACUAGGAGUGGCCCGUGGUAUUGCUUAUCUACAUCAAGGAUGUGACAUGAAAAUACUGCAUUUUGAUAUCAAGCCACACAACAUUCUUCUUGAUGAUAAUUUUGUUCCAAAGGUUUCAGACUUUGGUCUGGCAAGAUUAUGCCCCUUAGAUGACAGCAGUUUAGCUUUGACCGCAGCAAGAGGAACCAUUGGAUACAUAGCUCUGGAAUUGUUUUACAAGAAUAUUGGAGGUGUGUCAAACAAAGCUGAUAUCUAUAGUUUUGGAAUGUUGUUGAUGGAAAUUGCAGGGAAAAGAAGGAAUUUAAAUGCACUUGCAGCAAAUUCGAGCCAAAUUUACUUUCCUUCUUGGGUGUAUGACCAGUUCAGUGAAGGAAAGGAGAUGGAAAUCAAAGAUGCCACUGAUGAGGAAAGGAAAAUGACAAAGAAAAUGCUCAUAGUCGCAUUGUGGUGUAUACAAUUGAAGCCUGGUGAACGUCCUAAUUCGAUGAACAAAGUAGUAGAGAUGCUUGAAGGAGAAGUUGAAUUCAUUCAAAUGCCUCCAAAGCCUUUCUUAUAUCCGCAAGACACGCCAGUAGUGGAUGAUGAAGAUGGUUCCGAAAUAACUUUGUCAUCAUAAAUGCCACCGAAAACUGAAGCUUAAGAGUAUUGGUUCAAUUCAGAAUCCAA